UCGCUCCGUAGAUUUGACUGUCAACCCGCCGCGCCGUUGCAUUCAGCGGAUCUUUACUCAAUCACGGGAUUUACCAACACUUUUGGAGUACAAAAACUUACUUCACCGUUGUGAAACGUUACCGGGGUGACAUCGGAGGAGAUGAACUUCUAGGAGGGGCGAUUGUCGUUACAAAGAGUAAGAUUUUGGUCACAUUAAGUGUUUGAUGGCUGCUGGGGAUGGAGCCCAGCUGCCGGCGACCGUAGCGGCCAGCAGGAGCGUGGAGAAAGCGCUGGAGGAGGCUGCGUCCAGCGGAGCGCUUAUCCUCUCCAACCGCAAACUGAAGGAGUUUCCCCGCACAGCCAAGAACUAUGACCUGUCCGACCUUACACACGCAGACCUGUCAAAGAACCGGCUAUGUGAGGUGUCAGAAGAGGUGUGCCAGUUUGUCUCUCUGGAGACACUCAGCUUGUAUCACAACUGUGUGCGAUCCCUCACGCCCAGCCUGUGCCAGCUGCAAGUCCUCACCUACCUCAACCUCAGUCGUAACCUGCUGUCCAGUCUACCGCCAUCAGUUUGUCAGCUCCCUCUGCUGCGAGUGCUCGUCGUCAGCAACAACAAGUUAUCAGUCCUGCCGGCCACCAUACACACACUCACACACCUACGACAACUGGAUGUGAGUUGUAAUGAGCUGCAGUCUUUGCCCGCUGAACUCGGCCAGUUAGAAUGUUUAAGGGAUUUAAAUCUGAGAAGAAACCAACUUACCACUCUGCCUGAAGAGUUGUCCGAGUUGCCGCUUGUUCGUUUGGACGUGUCAUGCAACCGCAUAUCACACGUGCCUGUAUGUUACCGCCAUCUACGCCACCUCCAGUCCAUCAUCCUUGAAAACAACCCCCUCCAGAUGCCCCCCGCCCAGAUCUGCUCCAAGGGAAAGUUUCACAUCUUCAAAUAUCUAAACAUGGAGGCCUGCAAAAGGACUCAGGACCAGUUUGAAAAAGCUCUCCGGCCCACCGCCUUUAACAGCUGUCUUUUGGAUCAGGACCUCUACCCGUGUCAGUACGGCGGCCUGGACUCUGGGUUUAACAGUGUGGACAGUGGGAGCAAAAGAUGGUCUGGAAAUGAGUCGGCCGAUGAUUUCUCAGACCGGUCGAUGCGUUUGACAGAGAUUUCCCGUGAACACACAAAUUUUCAAGAGGAGGAGGAGAGGGAUACGUUACUAAACACACCCAAAGUGAAUGGAGACGUGGAGCAAGUAGAUUUCAUAGACAACAGCAUAACAGAAGAAGAGGAUGAGCGGUGUCUCCCUCCGCUUACGGAGACCCCUCAGGAAAAAAGCAAAAGUCCCAGUAGCACCCCAUCCCAGAGCCCUGAAUCUACAGGCACCAGGAUAUUUGUGGUGGGAGAUGGUUCAGAUGCUGGUUCUCCAUCCAGCCCCACUCUGGAGGAGAAGAGGAGGCCUGGAAACCUGCUCAUCUGGCAGGAGAGAGAGAGAGCGCAGCAACAGCAGAGAGGCAGAGCCAGCACUUUGCAGAAGAUGACUGUAAAAACAGGAAGUAACUUGGCGACGACGACGACCAAGCACGGAGGAACAGGAAGUGUUUCAGGUGGUGACAGCUCAGAUAGCAGCUCUCCUCCCAAUGGCUUGAAACAGAGGAGUGCUAGUGUAGAUCAGCCGUCUCCCACCUCUCAUGCAGCAUCUAUACAGCGCUGUGUUAGUCGCACAGAUGCGUCAUACGUGAAACCCUGUUCUCCCACGGGUUCUGCUCCCAAACCCAACAGCUUCUUGUUCCGCACAUCCUCACGCUGCAACGUCAAAACAGGUUUAGGAAACAGUUUGGCUGAUUCCGGCCGUAGUGAAUCUCGCUCCACGCUUAAAUCCCCACGCGAGGAAAGAUUAGACGUCCUGCAUCUGCGAAAGUCUCUGGAGUCACGGCUGAAGAUCACCCUGCCUGAAGAUCUGGCAGAGGCAUUGUCCAAUGGCACGGUCCUCUGCCAGCUGGCCAAUCACGUGCGACCUCGUUCUGUGUCAAUCAUCCACAUCCCCUCACCGGCAGUGCCCAAACUGAGUGCUGCCAAGUGUCGCCUUAAUGUUGAAAACUUCAUUGCUGCGUGUCGUAGACUGGGAGUCCCUGAGAUGGAGUUGUGUUUAGCGUCUGAUAUCCUGUGCAGUAAGCUGCCCGCCGUGCAUCGCUGUGUGAAGGCACUCCUGGCAAAAACAGGAGAGGAGGAGGUGAUGGAGGACAAGAGCGGCACCUCUUCCUCUGUGUCUCCUUCCUCGCCCUUCUCCACUGGCUUCCUGCUCUUCUAUUCUCUCCUCAUGGCUUUGCUCUAUUUGUUAUACUGCCAGCUUAUAGCAUAGUGUGUGCGCGUAUGAGAGUAUUAAUCUGUAAAUGGAUUUUAAAGUCCAUCAUCUCUGUUUUGUGUACACGGUUACACACAGUCGAAACCUUGCUGUUAAGAAAAAUCCCCUUUAAUGGCUAUUAGCAAAUUAAUCUUAUCAUAAAUGUAUAUGAGCCACAUACAGCAUAUCAGAUGAGCUCCUUACCCAUAAUGCUGUUCAGGUUACAUAUUAAUACUUAUGGAACAUAAUGGUAGUUUAGGUUAAGAACCUGUUUUUUCUACAGUAGAUAUGGUUAUGUAUUGCUGAAAAUAGCUAUGUGUGUUUAAGUGAUGCUUUUUUGGAUUGCAGUCUUCAUAGAAAAUCCACAUUUUGUACCUCAGUUUGCCAGUGGAAAGGAUAAUAGACUUUAACUGGGCAUAUGCAUGGUUUCCACAAUAUGAAGGGCUUUUCCACAUGAUUGCCUUAGCAUCACUGUUAAUAAUGGGAUAGAUUUGUAUACCUUUUAGCAGGAAAGACUUUAUAAGGGUGUAUUAUUAUCCUUAGAGUUUUAAGCACUGGCACAAACUCCCCUCGCCAACCUCUUUUCCUUGAGAACAUAGGGCUUUAAAAUGACUAGUAUUCGCUCUAGCCAAAGUGCCUCUGCAGCGAAAAGUCAAACAGAAUGCUUGUAGUCUCCAGUCUGCAUCUGGGAAACAUGUUAACAGGGUGGUGAUGGUACUUCUAAACUGUAUUUUGUUUAAUUCACACAUGUAAUGGAUGAGGGGCCGAGUUGUUUUUCAUCUUUGUCUUGUUGACUGUGAUCACCAGAGGGCAGCGCUGUUACAAAACUGCCCAACACUUUUGGACGGUACUGAUAUGAUUCAAAGCUGUGUUAACUGUUACAUUUUUGUCGUUGAAUGUUCGUUUUGGUCUUCUUUAAAGCAACUUAAUAUAAUUCUUGUAUACAAGCAGUUCCAUAUAAGUUAUUGUUUUAUUUAUGUUUGCUUUGUGUGUUCUGCUGAAUCUGCAUUGGUGGAAAUAUGGUCUGCCUUGAGCAAAUUAUCAAAAAUCGACUAAUGACUUUUCCUGUCGGUCAGAAUAAUUGCCUAAUACAAUUAAGAGCGCUUGCAUGCUCAUUUUGAGCCGGAAAGAUGAUGGAGAAUUCAAUAACUGGGCAUUGGCCAAGACAGACAAUUACAUUUAAAUAUUCACAUUUGCCCAUCUGCCACAGCUACUGUAGGCACAUUGUGGAUAUGCAGGCGUUACCCAAAAGAUAUAUGUAUCCAAAAUAAACCAGUUGUGAGUUAUGCGUCUCAACAACCUUCUGUUUCCCGAUUCUAAAUGUGGCCAUAGUGUUUUUGUCGUUCUGUAAUGUGCCAUGUGUACCAGCUUCCCCAGUGCUAUAUGUUGAUGUUGCUUUUGUGUUCUGUGCCUACUUAAUGUGAUUUAGGAGCUUUGCUGACAGUUUACUAAUGAGCAACCUCUCAUCUGGAGAGAACGAUAAGAAGGAGAGAAAGAGACAGAGACUGGGAAGAAAGGGAAGGGAAUACGCUUUAACUGGUUAUGUUACCACACAAUUCCGAAGGCUGGGAUGUCUUAAACAUGUUUUAAGGGGGUUUGUUGUAAGUUGAGAAUGUUUUGUAACAGUGUACAUUGUUUGUUGAGGCUAAAACUAAUCAUAUUAGACAUUACGAUUUUAAAGGCCACUUUAUAAUAUACUCCAGAUGACAGACUUCACCAAUAGAGUAGAUCAGUCUCCUCCGUCUUUUGAAGGGAAUAUUAUGAAAAGAGGAUGCUCUUACAGUUUAUGAGCGUCAAAAGGCUUUUAAAGGAGUAAUUCCACCCUCUUUCUGAUAAAUACACUAAAUGAAACGCUGACAGUUUAGUGGGCAAUAGCAUUUCAUGAAUGUUUUCCGUCCACGUGUAACGCAACACACAAAAUGUAUUUUGUAAUAUUUAUAAAAUACUGUAUUUAAGAAGUUUAUAUUGAUAUAAAGAUUUUUUGUCUGUAAAGAAAUGAUUAAAAAGGAAAUAUUGAUUCUUGUCACGUGCUGCUUUACCUGUGCUUUUGUUAAAUGUUCGUGACUGACUGUGUUGCUGUUGUUCAUGAUUAAUUCUGCUUUAGUUUUAUUUUUGUCUCUCUGUUGGGGAUGAAAUCCUCAUGUCAGCUCAUCUGUGUCGCUAUUCUGUGCUUCCUACCGGAAGGUGAGUAUUCAUUCUUUGCGGAUUGUGGGACGUAUAUACAGUACUAUUUAAAUAUUUUAAAUAUACAGCUGCGGAAAAAAAUUAAGAGACCAUUACAAAGCACCAUUUCAGUUUUUCUGAAUUUACUAUUUAUAGGAACUCUAUGUUUAGGUAAAAAAUUAUCCUUUUUUUGGAUUCUGUGAACUACUAACAAUAUUUCUCCCAAAUUUAAUUCUAUUUGCAUAAGUUGAAAACUCUAGAAACAGGUCAGAAUAACAGAAAAGGUGCUCUGUAUUUUUUCACGCCUCAAAUACUGCAAAGAAAACAAGUUCAUGUUCACUUUUAAGCAGUAAUAUGUCAAUCAAUCAAUCAGGCUUGAUUUUGAUCAGUUUUCAUGUGUCUUGUCAUGCCAUGUAAUUUCCGCGGCUGUAUGCUGUACGUAAUUCAAUAUGUAAAUAGUUAUAGAAAUUUUCGAACCUUCAAAGCAAAGUUCUGACAUAUGAACUAAGAAAUAUUGAAGUUUAUGUGCUAUUUCUAGAUCACUAAUGACAUGUAAACAAAUCGGUGACAUCGGCAAAAGGUCAGAUUUUCUUGCUUUUAAUGAAGCACGUGGGAUUCUCAAAUCAUGGUGGGUUAGUGUAGACCAUGAGGUUUCGUGCACUCUUUACCGUUCUGUUCAGUAGCUGCAAUAAGCAACACUGCCAUAAAAUCAUCUGACAUCUGACUCCAAAUAAAACAUUUGGAAAUAUAAGUCACAGAUCAAAAGUGUCAUUGCUUUGAGCAAUCUCCAACGGAGAUUUUUAAAAUAAAAUAUAUUCUUUUCAUUACCAGAUUUAAAUGCACUAAUGAGGAUGUUAAAUUGAUGUGUAUUUUUCAUCUGCAUAUGGGUGUUCUCUAUUUGAGACAUUGUAUGAGAAGAGUUCCUUUAGAACUCAUUAAACUGUCUUAAGUAAGAGAGUGUGUUUAUUGUUUUUAAUUAUUUAUUAAUCAACUGGCAGGCUCAUUUUUACAUCACAAAGUACUCUGCAUGGCAAAGGUUCUUUGUUAAAUAUACAUCACAUUUUUAUUUUCAACUGCUAUUAACCUGGGGUGAAAUUUAUAUAUAUUGCACAUGCGCUGGAUCGUUUAUGCGGAAAUAACAGACGUGAUCAUAUACAACUCGUCCGUAAUCUUACCGUUAGGGUUGGCUGAAUUGAAUAAUUGGAAUGCAUGAUGGAUUUUCAAGAUGCUGAAGUGUUUGUUUGUUACAGUAAGCUGAACUCAGGCUGUACUUCACCUUUAGAUGAAAUGACAUUCUCCCUGUAAAGUUCUAUGACUGCAUGGCUGCUUUGUUGAGACACUGUCUGUUAGUCUGUUAAUAAACACUGGUGCUUCGUUAUGAAGUUGGCAAUUUAAAGGAAUGAUGUUGUGAUUGUGUGUUGUGCUGCAUGCAUGGCUUUGCCCUUUCUGUGACUGAGCUGAUGUUUGCUAUUGCUUCUGAGUUGAAGUGUAUCGAGUGCCAUUCAGCCUUGGUUUACGCUUUGCGCACAGAAUUGCAUUCUGUUUAUAUGUGAGGAAUAUUUGAUGUUUAAAGGAUCUUGCGUGACAGAUGCGUUCCUCUUUAAACCGUAGUCUUUGCAUGCCUCAAGCACAUGUGGUUUCUAAUGUGCAUUGAAAGCGUUUUGAAAUCCUGUUUACCCAAAAUACACUUCACCCUGGAAACGGAGUUAUGUCUCAAAGGUCUAUGUUUGCAGAUUUUUUGGGUCUGAAAUAAAAUAUGUUCCUGGAGCAGUUUGUUUAUGCCAAGAUGUUUGUUUAUUGCUUUUACUGCGUUUUAUUGUUUUACUUCUCCUUUAGGUAAGCAAACUUACAGUGGAGCUUACUUGUUUUCUUUCUUCCCCCACCAAACCUCACCAGGAUGCACUUUGUCCAUCCCAGCUGAUUCUGGAGGAGGAGGGACUCACGCGCAUCGCUCAGACCAUUCAGACCCUGUUGGAGAUACCUUCAUCUGGUGUCCGUCGCUCAUCCCGUCAG